AGGUCAGUGAAAAGAGAAGUGAAUUUCAUAAAUUCAGCUGCGAGGGAGUCCGAGGGAGUGCUGCCGUUGCGUGGAAGAGCAUGCACUACCAGACAACCGCGACAACAGGGGCGCAGCGUUCGCUGUUCUGCUGUUCGUCUGUGGAAGUCCGUCAUUCUGCCGGGCCAUCAAGACCAGUCUUCCACUACUAGCAGAAACUCGUCGGCGACAAACGAGUGUCUAGAAGAUUCAAAGGCACCAAAAUCAAACCUAAAGAUGUCGAAGGCUUUAAGCACAAGUGCCAAGAGGAUCCAGAAGGAACUUGCGGAAAUAACAUUGGACCCGCCGCCUAAUUGCAGUGCGGGACCUAAGGGAGAUAACCUCUAUGAGUGGGUGUCGACCAUUCUUGGCCCCCCAGGAUCGGUGUAUGAAGGUGGAGUUUUCUUCUUGGACAUUCACUUCAGCCCUGAGUAUCCUUUCAAACCACCUAAGGUUACAUUUCGCACACGCAUAUACCACUGCAACAUCAACAGCCAAGGAGUCAUAUGUCUAGAUAUCCUCAAAGAUAACUGGAGUCCAGCCCUUACCAUUUCCAAAGUUCUACUGUCAAUAUGCUCUCUACUCACGGACUGCAACCCAGCGGACCCACUGGUGGGCAGCAUCGCCACACAGUUCAUGCAGCAGAGGGAGGAGCAUGACCGUAUUGCCAGACUGUGGACAAAGCGCUAUGCUACAUAAGCUUAGAUAGCGAAGUAGUGGUUGCAACGACAUUAAUUAUUGCAGUGUACACGCUCCUCCUUCCUUCCCGUCUCCACCACCAAAGUUUUUUUCGUCCUCUCAUCCCUCUGCAGGGAUCCACAUCAGGCUUGUUGUGAUGCCAGUGGUGUGUGCAUGAGUCAGCCUCUGCUAUUUCUUUAUCGUUCACCUUUUUUAUAUAUAUAUAUAAAUGUAUACAUAAUGCCUGGUGCAUCAUGCAUCUAUUCUAGGGCAAAAAGAAAGUGAGAUUCCUUUUGCACAAGCAACUCCGUUUGAGCAUCUGUAUAUAGAGUUUAUUUUUCGACGUUAUGCCCAUUUUGUAACUUAAUCAUAUGUUGGCCCCUUGUUUUUGGCUUAAUCAUGAUUUGUAAAUUGCAAUAUUGUGAGGAAAUGUGAAAUAGUGGCUGCUUUGAUAUUGUAAAGCGGUUGCCAAAAAUACUGGACAUAGUGCUGGAGAGAGCUUCCUUGACCUAUCCUUGCCCCCUACUACAUCCCACGCCCCUUUUUUAUCUACUUACGUUAGAGCUUGUUCAUAGUAAUGGCGCUUCUCCUUUUAGUGGCUUACCAAAGUGGUAAUAGCCAUGUAGAAUUUGUGACUCCUGAAUAUAAGUGCAGAAAACCAGCCAGUUGGUGUAAUCUCUGAGCACUUCUUAAGGCCAUCUAAUGAAUUGUGUGCCCGUAAUCAAGAGCAUGUUGGACUCUACAACUUCAAGUGGCCCGUGUGCAUGCUGUUUGCACCGAAUGAAUUGUGUGUGCCGCUUUAAUUCUGUCUGUGUGUACAUGCGCGUGGUGUGUUAUAGGCAUGAGAGAAUGUUUUUACUGCUAAGACUGAUGAUAGCAUACUGAAAGAGGUUUCAUUCCAGUUGUAGGCACUGAAGAAUGAAGUGGCAUGAGGAGUAAAGCAAUUCUGGUGGGUUAAACCGAGUGCAACUGUUCCUUGGAUGUGUGUGUGUGUGUGGUCAGUGUUGAGCUUUCUUUUCCGGUGGCUGUUGUCUGAGGGGGUGGGGGGAGUUUACUGUUUACAAGCUUUCACAUAGGGAACACUGUGUUGUAGUUCACACAUCAAGUGAACUUUGUGUGGCAGCAAAAAAAAAAAACAUUUUAGGCCAUUUUCAUGAAUUUUUCCCCAUGUAAUUGUGUAGCUACAGAUGUGUCAGUUCUGUUUGCUUGUUACAUAGUGAUUGUGGUGUUGUGUAAUUUAAAUCUUCUAUACAAAGUGCAUAAACAAUAAAAAAAACAAAUGAA